AUGAUAGGCUUUACCCAAUUCAUAUGGAAAGUUGAUCUGAGUGGCGCCAAUGGCAAUCCCAAAUUUGAUCUGAACGCGGGGAAUGCCUUCUUUUUCGGCAUCUUUAACAGUGGCACAGCCGAUCUUUUCGAAAGUCAGUUUGUCAAUAUUACCGGAAAGAAUAACAUCGUAUCGACCCCUUCUUCAUCUGCUCUGGCUACAACCUCAGUGAGUAGUGCAGCCAGUAAUGAUGCCACGACUUCCACCAAUGCCUCGAGCGCCGCCUUGAGUAGAAAGACAGAUCAGCCCUCAAGCACCUCGACAAGUUCUUCGAUUUCCGUAACGCCAACGGUCUCUUCUGCACCGAUCAGUACACAGUCUUCGAGCGAGCUAAGUGUAGGUGCCAAGGCAGGAAUUGGUAUUGGUUCUGUGGUUGCAUUUUUCUCCAUUGUCGGAGCAGCGUUUGCUUUGGGGCACUUCCUUCGUCGGCCAGAGACUCCACACACCCACCCAGAGAGUGCGGCCAUGGGCCAUUCAAGUUUCGCCCCUUCUACGACCACUGCAGUGACCUCAGGGUCUCAGCAGUGGCACCCUUUGGUAGAAGCACAUUCAGAAAUCCAGAAACCAGGAAACAGGAUUUACGAGAUAUGA